GAGCUGUGUCAAUGUCUGCGGGGGAGCAGAAGCUUCUUGAAGUGCUAUCGGGCAUGCAGCAGACCCAAGCACUUCUUGCGCAAAUGUUCCAGCAGCAGAGUGCAGGAUCGAGCCAAGCUUCGGCUGCAGAGUUCGGUUGCAAGAGUAGAGAUGAGGAGUUGGUGCGUUGGGCGACGUGGUCUUGGGAGUUUGAACAGUAUUUAGGAACCUUGGAUCGUGAGUACAUUCUUGAUUUCAAGCGUUUGGCUGAUCAUCCCAAGAAGGAAAUUGUUUUCGGAACACUUUCCAGUGCCGAGCAGGACAGGGCACGGAUCAUGUAUGGGCUGCUGGCAUCCCUUGUCAAUGACAGAUUGCGGCGAGUCCUCAAGACGAUUCCCCACCAGAAUGGAUAUGAGGGAUACAGGCAGAUAGCCCUGGAUCUCAAGCCGUCCUCAAGGACACGUGCACUCGCCCUGAUGACUGCGAUCAGUUCAUGGCCCUUGUUCGAUCAGAAACAGGGGUUGCUGUCCCAAGUGGUGCGCCUGGAACAGGCCAUGUCUGAGUAUGAUGCUAUUGCAAGUCAGAGCUUGUCUGAUGAUCAGAAGGUUGCAUCUUUGUUGCGGUGCCUCAGCGGCCCCUUGAUGAAGCAUGUGCAGCUUGUGAUGGAAGAUCAUUGGACAUAUGACACUCUUAGAGCCUUGGUCCUCAGGUUUGAUGCCGCGUCCUCCAAAUGGAGCUCUUCCAUUGCUGCCACCUACGGUUUGGGAGAGAAGGGUGGUUCCUACACGAAUGGGCCCACUCCAAUGGAGAUAGAUCGUAUAGGUCACUACAAGCGUGAGUGCAGAGCGUACCAGGCAUACUUGCGUGAGCAUCCCAAUGAAGCCCCAGGUGCAAGGCAGGUGCAGGCUAAGGCCAAAGUGAAUCGCGUUUCGAUGAUUGACCUCACUGCUUUUAGCCCAGGAACCAGCGCGCGAGGUUCUCUUUGCGCUGUGCGUUUUGCAGAGCAUGUCUCUUCUGUGUUUGACAUCAGUGCCAGUGAUCAUGAUGCUGCUUGGACCGUGAGCCCUUCCGUGCUUGAACAGAAGAACAUCAGAGCUGUCACCACUGCAGAUCUAGCUGAAUCCGAUGACGAGUCCAGUGCAAUCGACAUCAUCAUAGACUCAGGUGCUGAUGAGUCAUGCCUUCCCGCAGAGAUGGCGUGGUGUGGCACGUCACUCGGUGGUGCCACUGCCGACUUUGCAGAUGCUCAAGGCCAUCUGCUGGACAUCAUGGAUCACAGGUGUCACGAGUUCCAGGAGAUUGUGCCAGGAGUGUGGUGUUUGUCAGUGAUGAGUGAUCACUUCAUUGACGUGACAGCUGCAAUGCCCACUUCAGAGCUUCCAUAUCGCACUACGCUCAUUGAGGUUGAAGGCAGCUGGAGGUUGGCUGAGAUGUCGCAAUUUGUGUACGGUCUUGAUGACCCAGCAGCAGCUCUUCCUGAGGUGACCGAGCCCUGCAAUUGCAUUGUGUUUGCACACGAGCAG